AUGUUUUUGGAAAAAGAAAAUUUACAUUCAUCUACUAAUACUAUUAUUUUUGACACAUCAAAAGCUCAAAUAUUUAAUAUUCAUACCGGGUUUAGAAGUAUAGUUAAAAGAUUAAAAAGAGACUAUAAUGUAAUCAAUAAUACAGAUCAAUUAACAGAAAAUACAUUUCAAGAUUGUAAAUUAUUUGUAAUAUCAUUACCAAAUGAAAAAUUUACAGAGGCUGAAUUUGGAGCAUUACGUGAUUAUAUAAAAAAUGGAGGUAAUUUAUUAGUUUUAUUAGGUGAAGGUGGUGAAUCAAAAAAUGAUACAAAUAUAAAUUUUUUAUUAGAAGAAUUUGAUAUUGGAUGUAAUCCAGAUUCUGUUAUUAGAACUGUAUUUUUUAAAUAUUUUGAUCCUAAAGAAGCAUUAAUACAAGAUGGUGUUUUAAAUAGAGCUAUUGGUGAAAUAUGUGAAAAAUCAACGAAAGCAAUUAAUGAUUCAAAUAUGUCACAAGCAUUAACUUUUGUCUAUCCAUAUGGUUGUACAUUAACUAUUGGUUCGAAUAGUUCAGCCAUUCUUUCAACUGGAAAUGUAUGUUUCCCUAUCAAUAGACCUAUAUGUGCAUUUACAAAUCAUUCUAAAAAUAUAAAUGAUGGUAGAAUUGUUGUUAUUGGUUCAACAUACAUAUUUCAUGAUAAUUAUAUUGAUAAAGAAGAUAAUAUGAAAUUAUUUGAUGUAGUAAUAAAAUACUUAUUAAAUGGUUUUGAAUUAAAUCAAUUAGAUUCUAAAAAUCCAGAUAUUAAUGAAAUGAUUCAGUUACCAGAUCAUGUUAAUUUGUCUGGAAGUUUAAAAUUUUGUUUGCAAGAAGGUGACAUUGAUAAUACAACACCUACUGAUAUAAAUACAUUAUUUAAUCAAUCAAUUAAAAAUAUAUCAUUAGAUUUGUGGCCUAUAGCAAUAAAUGCAUAUGAAAAAUUAAAUUUAAAGCAUGAACCAUUAACAGUUAUUAUACCAAAAUUUGAAAUACCUUUACCACCACUUCAACCGGCAGUUUUUAGUCCAAAUUUUAAAGAAUUAUCUCCACCAAAUUUAGAAUUAUUUGAUUUAGAUGAGGCUUUCUCAUCAACUGAUGUCAGAUUAGCUCAAACUACAAAUAGAUACUUAAAUAUGUCAAUGACAACUGAUUUAGAUUUAGAUAAUUAUAUACAAGAAGUUGGAGCUAUUUUAGGUAUAAAUAAAAAUCUUCCAUCUUCAGAUAGAAGUUCAAAAAGAAUACUUGAAAUAAUACUUCAUCAUAUUUGUGAAUUUAAAAAAGCUGAUCAACAUGAUGAUCAUGACUUCAAUACAGCUAAUAUAUAUGAAGAUGAUGAUGAUGGAAUUGACUAUUCAAUUGAUGAUUUACAAGAAACAAGAUCAUUUAAUGGGAAAUAUGUAACUGAUGGAAAUAAUAUAACAAAUGCUAAUGUUGUUCAAUUAGUAACAAUGGGAUUACUAGAUGGUUUUGCCAUAAGAAAAGUAAAAAUGUUUAAUGAUAGAGUAUAUUUAUCAAGAUAUCGCAGAAGUUAUUGGUUAGGAACUAAAUAUUAUUAUUUAGAUCAUACUAAUUAUUUUGAAAGUAGAGAUACAUGUGCUUUUAAAUUAAAUAUUACAGAUACAUUAAGAUUGGAAUAUGAAGAUGGAGGUAAUAUUGAUGAAAUUGUUUUUCAAUGUAUGAGAUAUGCUCAAUAUUGUUGUGGUUUGGAUUGUUGUCAAACACCUAAUCCUAAUGGAAAAUAA